AUGGGCUUUCGUUUUAAUUUGAAUCAAGAUGAGACAUACUUAGUCAAAGUCAUGAGGCGACUGAUUGAUGACUCAUGCACUCAAACCAUAGGCAACCUGAUAUGUUGGUCGAAUUUAAUCCCCCUUAAGGUCAAAUGUUUCAUUUUGAGGGCUAAUAUAGGAAGGAUCCCUACCUCAGAUGCUCUUUCUCACAUGGGCAUUUCAGUAAUUCAUCCCAAUUGUCACCUAUGUGGAUGUGUUAUGGAAACCGUGAACCAUCACUUUUUCGAGUGCAGUUUUGCAAAAUAUGUUUGGUAUUGGAUCGUUAAGUGGUGUGAUAUACUUGACUUAAGAGGAGACAACAUCAGGGAGAGGAUGGAGUUUGCACAGUCUUGGGGUAACUGCCCCCACAAAAGGGAUACACUAAAUCUUAAUCUAUACUCGACAAUUUGGAACAUAUGGCUUGCUCGUAAUGAGAAAAUUUUCAACAAGAAACAGGUCUCUCCUACGAAAACGACGGAUGCUAUAAUUUUCAAGGUUUUGAAUGGUUGA